UCGACGUCAGCUCUUCUCUACUAUCAAGCUGCCUCAAAGCUACGUGGCUCUCAAAUCUCCGACUGUCUUCUCAUCUAACACGACCUUAAACAGUGUUUGCAGCCUAAACACCAUGGAUCAGGUAAUGCAGUUUGUUGAGCCCAGCCGGCAGUUCGUCAAGGACUCCAUAAGGCUCGUAAAAAGAUGCACAAAACCCGACAGAAAAGAAUUCCAGAAGAUCGCCAUGGCCACAGCCAUUGGUUUUGCCAUCAUGGGUUUCAUCGGUUUCUUUGUCAAACUCAUCCACAUCCCCAUCAACAACAUCAUUGUUGGUGGUUAAAUCCUGGACAAGAAAGGACAAACUUCAAUACCAUGGGGGGGGGCGGUGCUGUAAAGUGUUUUUGGGCUGAUGUGAUUGGGUCAGAAGGGUUGGCAUUUUUACAUUCUGUGCACAACAUUUUUAUUUUGCUGUGUAAAUAAAACAAAUGGAAACCUA